AUUCAGCUCCACCGCUGCUCACGGGUCUGUUUGUCUCAAAAAACACUUUCUGAACACAGAGAAACCAUGGGUGAGUGGGGAUUUCUGUCAUCUCUGCUGAAUAAGGUCCAGUCCCACUCCACCGUUGUGGGAAAAGUCUGGCUCAGUGUGCUGUUUAUAUUCAGGAUCAUGGUUCUUGGAGCUGGAGCUGAGAAGGUUUGGAGCGAUGAACAGUCCAAAAUGGUUUGUAACACCAAACAGCCUGGUUGUGAGAACGUCUGCUACGACCACGCCUUCCCCAUCUCUCACAUUCGGUUCUGGGUCCUCCAGAUAAUCUUCGUCUCCACACCGUCGCUCCUCUACCUCGGCCAUGUUAUUCACGUCAUCCACAAAGAGAAAAAGAUGAGAGAAUACACGCAAACCCACUCUGGCAGCGAAAACCUCAAAGUGCCCAAGUACUCUGACGAAAAGGGGAAAGUUGCUAUUAAAGGCAAUCUGCUGAGAAACUACAUGACCUCCAUCUUUUUCAGAAUAAUUUUGGAGGUAGCGUUCAUCGUGGGGCAGUAUUACCUGUACGGGUUCAUCAUGAACCCACUAAUUGUAUGCUCCCGGGCCCCGUGCCCCUUCACCGUCGAGUGCUACAUGUCUCGCCCGACCGAGAAAACCAUCUUCAUCAUCUUCAUGCUGGUGGUGUCCUGCGUCUCUCUUUUGCUGAACGUGGCAGAGAUCUUCUACCUGGCGUGUUCUCGGUCCUCCAGGAGGAAAUCUAAAAAGGUGCACACGACUGCGAUCGCCAUUCAUCCCCGUUUCACCAGCGACAGCCUGAUGAAAAACGAGAAGCUGAGCCUCCACGGCUCCACCACGGCCUAAGAAGCAUCAUUUAGAUCUGUUCUGAUACAUGUGACGAGUCGUUGAACAUGGCGAGUAAAAGAGUGACAAAUGGGGUUAGGUUUCCAACGUGCCAAGGCGCACAUUUGUACAAUUACAGUUGUUUAUUUAUAAUACGUGAAAGUGCUUUUAUAAUUAUGAUGUAGUAGUCGCUGAUUCUGCGUUGUAAAUAAUAAACCAGAUUAAAACAUUUGUGGCUGCCUACGAAGCACACUGUUGAGGAC